AUGAAGACGCUCCGCGUCUCCGUCACCGACGCCGACGCCACCGACUCCUCCAGCGACGAUGACGCCGCCUCUCACCUCAAGCGCCGUAGAGUCAGGAAGUACAUCCACCAAGUCACAAUUCUCCCCUGCUGCGGAGACGGAGACUACAAGGCGCGACCGUCGGAGAAGAGGCGGAGUUCUGCCGCCGCCGGAGGGAGAAAAUCGAAGAAUGCGGCGGGAAAGGGGGCGGAAGGCGGCGGGGCGAGGAAAUUCCGCGGCGUGCGGCAGCGGCCGUGGGGGAAGUGGGCGGCGGAGAUUCGAGACCCCAUGCGGCGGGUGCGGCUGUGGCUGGGGACCUACGACACGGCGGAGGAGGCCGCGAUGGUGUACGACCACGCGGCCAUCCAGCUGCGUGGGCCCGACGCGCUGACCAAUUUCAGCCCUAGGUACAACAAGGACAGCUCAGGGUACAACACCUCGUCGUCGCGCGAUAAUGCCGCGUCACCGAAAUCGGUGCUCCGCUUCUUCUCACCCGAGGCGGGGGCGGAGUCGCCGCCUGCGGCGGGAGAAUCCCAGGGCGGCGCGGAUUUUCCGAUUUUCCCUCUCGGCGACGAUUUGUUCUCGGAUUUGGGGGAACCGGUUGGCGAACCCGGCUGGUUUGAUCAGGAGACCGUUUUGUACGGAACGGAUAUCGCGUGGUGCUCUGACGUGGUUUCGGAGUCGGGUGCGGACUUGGGAGCCAGAUUCGGGUCGGGCGAUGAUUUCUUUCUUGAGUUUGGGGACGUCUUCGGGUCGGAUCCGCUUGUAACUCUGUGA